AUGUACCCAUAUCCACCCCCAGGCACUUCCACGCAAGUCAAUUAUAAGAAUUUCCCACCAGAAGAGCUCAGCAUCGAAGGAAUCAAGACGCAAAUAACCGACUACGUCGUAGCUGCGCGAGCAGCUAUUGAAGAAUGCGGCUUUGAUGGCGUAGAGUUGCAUGGUGGAAAUGGAUAUCUUCCAGAGCAGUUUCUCAGCAGCAAUAUUAACGUGCGAACUGACGAGUAUGGAGGAAACCCGGAGAAGAGGUGCAGGUUUGUGCUCGAGGCUAUGGACGCGCUUGUGCAGGCUGUGGGAGAGGAUAGAGCAGCAAUUCGCUUGACCCCAUUUGGACUUUAUAACGACGCGAGAGGCAUGCAGAGGAUGAGGACCUGGGGAUUCCUAUGCCAAGAGCUGAAAAGAAAGCACAAGCUAAGCUAUGUACAUUUCAUUGAGCCAAGAUACGAGCAGGUGCAUAGUUUAGAGGAGAAGAAUAAGUUUCUGGAGUCUUGGGGAAUGGAGAAUGCAGACUUAAAGCUCUUCAGAGACAUUUUUGGGGAUACUCCAUUCUUCUCUGCUGGCGGGUGGAACGACAAGAAUAUUUGGGGUGUACUUGAAGAGGGGACAUAUGAUGCACUUGCUAUUGGGAGGUUCUUUCUCAGUACACCAGAUAUGAUCGAAAGACAUAAGGAAGGCUUACCUCUGAAUGAAUAUGAUCGCAGUCGAUUUUAA